CUAAGCGACACAUAAGCACAUGCACGUAUGUAUGCAUCCAGCGAUUCGGGGCUUGCAUAUCAAGGCUAAAAUGCAGCAACAUACAAAAAAUUAUUUACAGCGCGGUGUGAGAUGAUAAACACAAGGCAGACCCCAUAAGUUUAAUACUUAAAAUGUAUGUGAAUCACGAAAUCAUGUGAGCGUGUAUAAAUCGAAAUCCAUUUUUUAACCAAUAUAUAGUGUGUGCGUUCCGCUUGGUUUGUUUGACGCCAAUUCAUUCAUUCGACACCUGAAGCUUGUACUGCAAAUCAAUAUCAAUGUUGUAACGACAAGUCACUGAACAUCCAACUUUUAAUUCUUGACUAGAACCCUGAAUCCUGACAAAAGAGGAUCGUACCAAAGAGUGAAUACUUCAACAACGCGUGAUGCGAUUUAUUGAAGUGUUAACGAAAUGGGUAGUGCUUGGUGGCAGUGCGCUGCCUGCUUGAGAACUCAGGAAGAAGAUAUUUGCGAACUACAGUUAAACCACUGCAACCUCUAUGACGUACCCCCGGACGUAUUCAUCUACGAAAGAACGUUGGAAAAACUUUUUCUCGAUGCAAAUAGAAUCAAGGACCUUCCACGACCAUUAUUUCAAUGCCAUGAACUGCGUGUAUUGUCACUGAGUGAUAACGAAGUUGGUACGCUGCCACCGGCGAUAGCAUCUUUAAUAAAUUUGGAACAUUUGGACUUGAGCAAAAACACGAUAAAGGAGCUUCCGGACAGUAUUAAGGAAUGCAAAAAUUUACAAUCUAUCGAUAUUAGCGUGAACCCGUUUGAACGAUUUCCUGAUGCCAUCACACAUAUCGUUGGGCUACGAGAGCUAUACUUAAACGAUGCUUACAUCGAGUAUUUACCAGCGAAUUUCGGAAGACUGUCCUCAUUGAAGACCCUCGAGCUCAGAGAAAACAACAUGAUGACUUUGCCCAAAAGUAUGAGUCGUCUUGUCAAUUUGCAGAGACUGGAUAUAGGGAAUAAUGAUUUUACCGAAUUGCCUGAAGUUGUUGGGGACUUGAUAAACCUGACCGAACUUUGGAUAGAUGGUAACGACAUACGUAGAAUCCCAACAAACAUAGAGCAGCUAGUCAGACUGAAUCAUUUUGACUGUACGAUGAAUGCUGUGCACUUAAUGCCGUCGGAAAUUCAAGGGUGGCGUGAUAUAUCGAUCAUGAAUCUUUCCUCCAACGAGAUUUAUCAGCUGCCGGAUUCUCUCUGCUACCUACAGACCGUAGUUACUCUUAAAAUUGAUGAUAAUCAAUUGAAUGCUUUGCCGGAUGAAAUUGGUCAAAUGUCUAGCUUGGAAGAGCUGAUAGUGACGAAAAACUUUUUAGAAUACUUGCCACCUUCGAUAGGCCUUUUAAGAAAGCUCCACUGCUUGAAUGCCGACAAUAAUUACCUCAGAUCCUUACCACCUGAGAUCGGCAGCUGUUCGGCAUUGUCUCUCCUCUCCUUGAGAUCCAACAAUUUAUCCAAGAUACCACCGGAGCUCGGUCACUUGGCAUCGUUGAGAGUUUUAAAUUUAGUCAACAAUUGCAUUAAAUUUUUACCUGUCUCAAUGCUGAAUUUGAAUUGCUUAAAAGCCUUGUGGCUCAGCGACAAUCAAAGCCAGCCCCUUGUUCCCUUGCAACAAGAAUUCAACUGCGAAGAGGACAUUAUGGUUCUCAGCUGCUUCAUGCUGCCUCAAAAACCACGACAGGAUAUCGAACAAAUGGAACAACCGGUUGGGCCACUCACAGGAACGGUUCCAGGAUCGGGGCGCAGAAUAUGCUUUGCAGCCGAAGUGGAAUCCGAAGGUCCUAGGCAGCUCCAUCGUGCACCGACUCCCUACCCUAAGGAACUUCGCAACCUCGCCAGGCACGCAAGAAACCUUCACCAUCAAUCCAAUUACAAUCAACAGAGCAAUUUGGAACCAGAAACUACCAUCAGAGAAGCAAUCGUCACCAAGGCAACUGCAUCUUUGAGCAUCCUCUCAAAUUCUGGUUCUUUGCCGCACCAAUCACCGUCAGGCAAGAAUUUUCACCCGCCAUCCACACCGGACGGUUCCCGUACUUCCAAUCAUUAUCAUAACAAUGACGCGUGCGAAGUGGAGGCGAAUCGAGUUUAUUCCGAGGAAUCUUCGGAUGAAGCGAACAAAAUCGUUUUGGCAGAAGAAAAGAGCCCCGAUAUUCGCGAGGCUAAAUGCAUUCGAAAUCCUUCCUCCGAAUACAUAAAGCAGCCAACAGUCGCAGAUUACGUUAAUUCAACUUGGAAACCUGAUGAAUAUUCUAAGGCCAACAUAGCUAAAAUAAUUGAGUCUGAAAAGUUUGCCGAACCUUAUAGAAGUACUCCUAUCAACGGAGACAAAGGCAUUAAUCAUUUUGGUAUUGACGGUUUCAAAGUUAACGACGUACCUCCGCUGCCACCGCCUUAUCACAUCGCGGCAGCAUUUUCAAAGAAAGCCAUGCUUUUUCAGCAAAUCAAUAAUGCUACAACAGAACCACAAAUCCUGCCUUCGAAAGUGUCGUCGUUAAGUUCAUUGAAAUUCGAUCAACCCUUAAACCUAGUAAAUCAAAAUAAUAAAGCAAUAACCAGUCCGGGUAAAGAGAAAAGUUUUAACCGUUCAAAAAAUGACAAUACUAACGCGGCAAUUUACGCCAAUGAAUUAGCGGAAAUGCAAGUUGAUAUAAUAGAGAAGACUGUUAUGGACAAGAGAGUCUCCGUCGACACAGUGGACAAUCCACUUGUUGAAAUUGAAGAAACUUUGAAUAGCUCUGACCUAUUGUCGGAGAAUGAUCAAAGUUUGAGGCCCAGUAAGAUACCGAUAUUGAAACAGAAAUAUUUCGACGACGAUUCUCUCAACAAAUAUACGAACUCUGUGGAAACUAACGACAGCUACAAGUCAUUGAGUUUGUCAUCUACACCGACGUCGCCUAUAACAGGAAAAAAAUACAGAGUACCUCUUUCCUCGCGCACGAAACCUGUCGCGAGCAGUAAAAAGUUUGAUAAUGGUUUAUCGUCGGGCAAAAACGAGUCGGAGAGUCGUAAUGUGAACGAAAUUGAUCAACAGUUGAUGGAUAAAUAUUCGAUGAAAAGUAAUUCGAGUAAUAAUCUUAAGGAUGAUGUGAAAUCUUUGGACAAGAGAAACGACAAUUUAGAAAAUAAUCAUAGUUUAAUAUAUACACUGGACGACAAUUUGCCAGUUAGUAAUAAAUGUGCUGUGAAAAUACAAAAUGAUACAAUCAUCUCUGGGCGGAACACAUCUACGGCGACGUCGAAGUCAUUCGACAAUGCAAACGCGUCAAUUAAUGCUAAAUCAAAAAUUCCAACUUUGACCAACUCGCCAAGCCCUGAAAGGAAGCCCAGACUGAAGUGGAUGUUCGGACCUCACAAAAAUGCUAACGUCUUCCCAGUACAAGUGAGAAAAAAUCCUGGUCUCGGAUUUAGCAUCGCUGGCGGUGUGGCUGGGGCUGAAACGGAAACUCCAACUGCCGGGGGUGGCUGGGAAUAUUGAUAUUAAACACUAGCUACGUUGUCGCAAUUUCGGCACUAUAUUUAAAACAAAGCUAAAAAUGAAACAAAAUAAUAGGAAAUAAAAUAAAAUAAUAGGAACAUACAUACCUAUAUUAAACAAAAAUCAUCAAUUUUCAUGGUGUAAUCGAUGAAGAAUUCAAAAACUACAAAAAAAAACAAAACAAAAAAAAACAAAUUCAACGUUAGAUAUAUUUUCUAAUUACAUAUAGGGGGGAAUUUGUCGCAUUUCAUCAAAUCGCUGAACGACACGAUUGCCAAUCUGUAGGUAUCGUAUAAUUUUUCCCCUGUCAUUUUCAAAACUAUUUCCAGUGAAAUGAAAUAAAUUUCCCUUUACGUAUAUAAUACAUAUAAUACUUAUAUUGUUAUCUGUAUCUGAACAACACACGAACCUUCUGACUUUCCAUAUUUAUUAUUACAAUAUUAUUACUAUUAUUAUUAUAAUAAUUAUUAUUAUUAUUACCAACUACUAAGUGAUCGCAUUGUAUAAAAUUAAAUUAUUUUUUUAUUUUUUUUUUCCUUCAAUUUUUUUUUAUUUUCACUCCCACUAAUUUCUUUGAUCUUGUUUCUUCGAAGCCAUAUCAAGCCAUACGUAGAUUUAUUUUCGUAUAAACAGUUUCCGCCAUCGGUUUACCUUUCGUAUGAAACUUGAAACUUUUAAUUAAAAUUUACAAACCUACGGAAGUUGUCUGUGUGUUGUCAGAAUCUGAUUUCACGACUGCCAAACUCUUGUGAUUGGAUAUCUAGCCUUAGAUUAUAUGUACAUUAUAAAUGUAAACAAAUAUCUAUAUACAUAAACACGCAUUUACACAUGUGUUGUGUGUGUGUGUGUAUAUAUAUAUAUAUAUAUAUACAUGCAUACAUACAUAUACGCAUGUGUAAAAAAAUAAAUGAAGAAAUAUAUAUAUAUAUACUCAGGUCUAAGGUAGACAGUUAUAUAUAUAUCUAUGUGUGGAUAGAAAAAUGAAGAAAAUUCAAGGGCUACAGAUCGACCAGUGCAAAUCUUACUCAACGCUUACCUACGUCACUCGAUACAACAUACCAUACGAUACCGUAAUACCUGCUCUUCCGUUUCACGUCUUCUUUAACGAUUAAAUGUACUGAAAGGCAAAUAAAAGCUUUAAGGUAAAUGAAUAUAAUUUUCUAAGAAGCGAAUUUAAAAGAAAAUUAGCUUACCAAAAGUUUCAACCACGUCAAAUAAGAGCAAUAAAUAAUUUCACUUUGUCGUUGAUACUGAUAUAUAGAUAUGUAUAGUAUAAUUAAUGAUGACACUAAUAAAAUUAGUAAUAAGAAUAAUUAAUAAUAAUUAUUAUAGUUAUAGUCCAUUUAUAAAUAAAUAAUAUCUCGUAAUUCCUAUUGCACUGGUCGUUCUGCAUCUGAUGAUCGUCGCGGAUCACAGACCUACGUUUUAAUCGGUGAAGAAAAUUACGGAUCAAUGCAGGAGAAGGUCGUUAAAAUUAUAAUUGAUGAAGAAAAUUAAUAUCAUAAUGCAUGUUCUAUAAAUAACCAAGGUUGAAUAAAUUUUUUCGUUAUAAUCAAUUUCUGAACCGUUUUGAGUUCACGGAAAGGCCUGAGAAAGAAACAAGGACAUUUUUUCGGUUAUGUGGGUUCAGUAAAUUUUUUUCUUUUACAAUUCG